CCUCACAGCCUCUCCGCGGAGCCUUCAAACCCUUUGGCCGGGCCCGCGGGAGAGUCGGCGGAGCUGGCCUCCGCUUUGCUUGGACCCGGCGUCGCAGCGCCUUCCCCGUCCUGUUGGUGGGAGAGGGGUUCUUCGUCCCACCUCAGCCAGAGUGAGAGGGGACGAGGAGACAGACUUUCGGUCCGGGAAACAGUCUCUGGUUUACAAUUGCUGUACCCGGAAGACAGCUGCAGUCAAUGGGAGUGUCAGCAAGCUAGACGUCCUACAUCAGAAUCUGCAACGCUUAGUUCUGUGCUGGGAGGGGAUUCUUCCCGCUCGGGGAUCGGAGUGUGACCCUGCUGCCGGAGAGCCUGCAGAGUUACGGGUUGUGCAGCCAAACAGGAAAAGAUGUACCUUUCUAGAGCCACCCUAUUGCUGUCUUGCACCAUCAGAAAAGAUGUGGAGUGGGCUGCUACCUCCUGGCCUAAAUGAAAGUGAUGUUGAGUUGAAUUCUGAUGAUGAAGCCACAGUAGAGAGCUCUGAACUUAACUUAGAAGAAGGUAAAGAAGAUGGGACCAUUACAAACACAGAGGUCUCAGAUAUCCCUACAGAUGGACCAAAAACUGAAGCAGAGGCAAAUGUAAAUGCAUAUGAAGAGUGUCCCUCUGGAAUUCCCUUAAAUAUGUGGAAUAAAUUUCAAGAACUGCAUACAAAACAUUCUGAACAGAAAAUCUCAACUUCAAGAUCCAGAAAGAAAAAAAGAAAACGCUCCAGAAAAGGUAAAUUGAAGAAUGAAGAAGAAUCUCAAAGUGAACAGUCCUCAAGUGAAACCCAGUUGAAGGAGCUUACUCAGUAUUUUGGAGUCAACGAUAGGUUUGACCCCCCUGUUAAAAGGAAAAAAAUUGAAAAGUCGGGCCUUGAAAAGAGCAUAGACCAGGCUGUGGAAGAGUGGAACAUUGAGAAGGCUGAGGAGCUCAGCAAUCAGCUAGCUACUCGAGAGCCCAGAGCAAAGAAACUGGAUGUCUCUGUCAGCCUGUGCAGCCUUAUCGGGGUAAAUUCCUGUCUGGCCUACUGAAAUGCUGAAAGCGCUUCAAGAUCUUCAUCCACAGCCCUCGUGGACCCUCGACGGGCCUUAGUGUGGGAAGGAGUUCCAUCUGGGAGACUGGGAGGCUGGUACAGUUGGGAUAAAGUUCUGUGGGAGGUUAGGAGAAUAGGGGCUAGCUACAUCUUUGUAUUUGUUGUAAUUCGGUGGUUUUGGGGGCCGAGCAUAAGAAUUUCUAUUCUUAGCAUGUCUAAAGCAACGCCGACAUGGGUUUCAUACCCACAAAUUCUCGAGUAUUUGUAUCACUGUAAUUCUUGUAUCAGCUAGAAUAUUUAUUUUCACUUUUCCUCCUGUGUA